AUGCUUCUGGCUCUUUGGUGGACAGAGGCCGGAAUCGCGACAGUUAUUGUCGGUCUCCGAAUGUAUACGCGAUACUCAAUGAGAGCCGUACUCAUUGAAGAUUGGCUGAUGCUCUUGGCGCUGUUCCUAUUUUAUGCUGCAUUAGCUUGCUCUUCUGUGCUGGUCCACUACGGCUUGGGCCGACACGCAGAUGCAUUGACACCGGACGACAUACUCCAAGUCGCGAAAUGGAACUGGAUUCCCCAGCCGUUCAGUAUCAUGAAUCUCGCUGCUGUCAAACUUUCCAUCUCAUUUCUUCUUUUGAGGAUAUUGGGACCAUACGCGAAGUGGUCCAAGUUGUUUCUGCACGUGAACAUGGUCUUGUUCACGGCCAGCAUGGCCGUCGCUAGCAUUCUCACAUUUGUUCAGUGUGAUCCCCCUCGGGCUCUGUGGGAGCCAGUCCCUGGCGCGAAUGCAUUCUUGGAUUUCGCCUUGGCCUUGCUACCCCUUACUAUCCUUCGUGGACUAAGUAUGUCUUUGAGAAAGAAAACGGCUCUGGCUGGGCUAUUGGGGGCGGGUGUCCUGUAA